CGGCGGUAAAUUCAUCAGCACCGGAGAAAAAAUCCGUUUACCCGAUGACGUUACCAUGGGUUACAUAAUCGAGCAUCUCCUGAGGAAACCUUUGACUGUCGUGGAGCAAUUCCACUCUCACCUGGAGCCGAUGAAGUUCAUCAGACGCGAGAUCCUCGAGGAUCAGAUUUCGUUCAGCUACUCGAAGAACAAGGACGAGUGGAACGUCGUUAAAAUCGAAGGAUUCGAUGUCAAAUAUGAUCCCAAUCGAUUUCUAUCGUUGCACUGCUAUUUAUUCCCCCGAUUCACGUUCUGCCCCCGAUGAGGAAAGGACUAAAAAAACGCAGCUUUAAUUCUGAAUCAAAAGUGAAGAUUGAGAGAGAGAUUUUAUAUGUUAUAUAAGUGGUGGAGAUAUUUAUGUGUGUGCAUGUGCAUACGCGAUGAGAAUGUGUAAAUAGAACAACAAUAAGUAAUAAGAUUAUAUAGGAUUACGUUUCGUGCUGUGAUUUUAAUUUAAUUUAACUUUACGAGUUCGCUCUGUAAAUAAUUCAGUCUUGUCUCUCGUCUGCUCUCACUUGGCGUGCCUUUCGCUCGUCUAAGAAAAGAAGAAAAAAAAAGAUGCAAUUUCACAUUUGCUGAAUGUAAUAUGUAAUAUUUUUUUUGUAAGUGAUGUAAAUAAGUCUUUGUUGCACUCUACCCUAGUCCGAAGUGUUAGUUAAUUAUAAACCAAUCACUAAUUGUUAGUAUAGAUCUGUUUCGUUAAUUACACAUAGUUUUACACUUUACGAAUUAUCUUGUAGGAAUAAUUCGCUGUGAAUGAAAAUACGUUGUGAACGCAAACCUUGAUUGUAAAUCCAGUUGCGUCUCGAUUAGACUAGUCUAAGUAAAAGAAAACAUGUUUUGUUUAUUAGAUUAUGUAAGAAAUGAUUGGUUUUGCAAUAUAGAGAUUUAUAUAUUUGUGUAUAUAACUAAGAUGGAAUUAUCGUUUUAUCGCAAACCAAGAAUCAAUAACAUAUGAUUACACUUAUAAUUUUGAAAAUAGUUUAAUUUAA